AUGUCGCUGCCUUCCGAGCCGCGCAAUUGGACCCGCGAGGAGUUCCUCAUCUCCACUGACAAAUCUCUCAUCUCCAUCGCAACCCUUAACGCCGUCUUUGAUCAAGAUUACAUGUACUGGACAACAUCUUUUCCCGAGGAAGUCCUUCAAAAAAUUGUAGACGCAUCAUUUUGCUUUGGUCUCUACAGAGCUAGACAACAAGAUAUCACGGGGGACGAGACCGUCACGCCAGAACAGAUUGGGUUCGCUCGGCUUGCAACUGAUCAUGUCACGUUUGCGUACUUGACGGAUCUGUAUGUUCUGCCUGAGUAUCAGGGCCGCGGUUUAGGUGGCUGGAUGAUUGACUGCAUAGAGGAGGUGAUGACGCCUUUGCCGUACUUGAGGUGGUUCACGUUGCGCACUUCAAUGCCUAAGAGCAAGGAGGCUUAUGAGAAGAGACUGGGCAUGUUUGUGCUGGAUCAGGGGGAUGUCACGAAGGGUGCGGUCAUGAUGGGGAAGAAGGGCAAGGGGAACUGUGUGUGA